AUGGGGAGCGUAACCGUUAGAGUUUAUAAUAAAAGCCAAACUUUGGGUUUAGGUGAGUGUUUAAAUAUAUAUUCUGAAAUUUUAGGGGAUAUUCAAGGUAAAAUUGCUGAAUUUGAAGAAAAGAAACAUGCAAAUUUCAAGGACGAAUGCAAAAAAUUAAUUACAAAUAUAGAGGAAGAAAAAGAGAAAUAUAAAGUGUGUUAUACUAAUGGGGUGCUAAAUCUUAACUUAGAUGAUGAUGAAGAUAUAAGCCGUUUUUAUCGAAAAUGCAAUGCAAUUACUAAUUCUAAUUACAUCCCACCACAAGAUGAGAAACCCAUUGAAUCAAAGGAUGGUACAGAAAUAUCCCACGAAAAAGAUCAAGACUGUGUAAAAAAAGUAGAAGCAGAAAAAGAGGGAGAAGCAAUAUUACAACUGAAUAAAAAAGACUCUAGAACGGAAACUUUAGAAACACAGAAACCACAAGAUCAAAGCGAAAGCAUUGUCGAUGGAAAAGAUCCAAGUAGACCACAAGUACUUCCACAUGGUGAACAGGAUGCAACGUCUCUGGAAGCUUCUGGUAAGUCUGACCUUGAAGAACCGGAAGCAAAAGUUAUCCAUCCUUUUAGGCUGAAUGAACCAAUAGAGAAUCGAAACCCAUCUUUACAUGAACCAACUAUUCCCUCUAACAAAGCAUUAGUAUCUCUGAAGGAGAAUCUCUUUCAAUUGGAAUCCCUCAAGAAAAACUUCAGAAAUAAGUAA